CCGGCAGCGGCGGGAGCGCGGCGAGCGGUGCUGCGGGAAGGAAGCGCGACUCCGGCAGUGGCGGUGGCGGCAGCGGUCGCCCCGCCGUGGGAGGCUAUGGGGGCGCGUGCUGGCUCCCGGUGCCCGGCCAGCGGCGGCUCGGAGCGCCCUGCCCCGGGGCUGUAGGGAGCCGCCGUGGAUCAGUUACUCGCCGAAGACCUCCGGGACCCGCUCGUCUCGGUCCUCGGCUCGCCGUGCUUCUCCCGGGAGCCCGGGGCGUGGAAGAGGAGCCGGACUCCGAGCGCGGCGAGGAGCAUGGAGAGAGCGGCCGCCGCAGGAGGAGGAGGCGCUGGAGGGGCGCGCCGGUGGCUCUCGUGGCUGGGGCUCUGCUUCUGGGCGGCGGGGGCUGCGGCUGCCCGAGGAAGUGACAAUGGCGAAGCCCUCCCGGAGUCCAUCCCCUCAGCUCCUGGGACGCUGCCUCACUUCAUCGAGGAGCCAGACGACGCUUACAUCAUCAAGAGUAACCCCAUCGCGCUGAGGUGCAAGGCAAGGCCAGCCAUGCAGAUAUUCUUCAAGUGCAAUGGCGAGUGGGUCCAUCAAAAUGAGCACGUCUCCGAGGAGAGUCUGGAUGAGAGUUCAGGCUUGAAGGUCCGGGAGGUGUUCAUCAACGUCACCAGACAGCAGGUAGAGGAUUUCCACGGGCCCGAGGACUACUGGUGCCAGUGCGUGGCCUGGAGCCACCUGGGGACCUCCAAAAGCAGGAAGGCCUCCGUGCGCAUAGCUUAUUUACGGAAAAACUUUGAACAAGAUCCACAGGGAAGGGAGGUUCCCAUUGAAGGCAUGAUAGUGCUGCAUUGCCGACCGCCCGAGGGAGUCCCUGCGGCUGAGGUAGAGUGGCUGAAAAAUGAGGAGCCCAUCGACUCCGAGCAAGACGAGAACAUUGACACCAGGGCUGACCACAACCUCAUCAUCCGGCAGGCACGACUCUCGGACUCAGGCAAUUACACCUGCAUGGCAGCCAACAUCGUGGCCAAGAGGAGGAGCCUGUCAGCCACAGUGGUGGUUUAUGUGAAUGGAGGCUGGUCUUCCUGGACAGAGUGGUCAGCCUGCAAUGUUCGCUGUGGUAGAGGAUGGCAGAAACGUUCCCGGACCUGCACCAACCCAGCUCCUCUCAAUGGUGGGGCCUUUUGUGAGGGAAUGUCAGUGCAGAAAAUAACCUGCACUUCUCUUUGUCCUGUGGAUGGGAGCUGGGAAGUGUGGAGCGAAUGGUCGGUCUGCAGCCCAGAGUGCGAGCAUUUGCGGAUUCGGGAGUGUACGGCCCCACCCCCAAGGAACGGGGGCAAAUUCUGUGAAGGGCUAAGCCAGGAAUCUGAAAACUGUACAGAUGGUCUCUGCAUUCUAGAUAAAAAACCUCUUCAUGAAAUAAAACCCCAAAGAUGGAGUAGGAGAGGCAUUGAGAACGCCAGCGACAUUGCUCUGUACUCGGGUUUGGGUGCUGCCGUGGUGGCCGUUGCAGUCCUGGUCAUUGGCGUCACCCUUUACAGACGGAGCCAGAGUGACUAUGGCGUGGACGUCAUUGACUCUUCUGCAUUGACAGGUGGCUUCCAGACCUUCAACUUCAAAACGGUCCGUCAAGGUAACUCCCUGCUCUUGAAUUCCUCCAUGCAACCAGACCUCACGGUCAGCCGAACAUACAGCGGGCCCAUCUGCCUCCAGGACCCUCUGGACAAGGAACUCAUGACGGAGUCCUCGCUCUUUAACCCUUUGUCCGACAUCAAAGUCAAAGUCCAGAGCUCAUUCAUGGUGUCCCUGGGUGUGUCUGAGAGAGCUGAAUACCACAGCAAGAAUCAUUCCGGGACUUUUCCCCAUGGAAACAACCGCAGCUUUAGUACGAUGCAUCCCAGAAAUAAAACACCCUACAUCCAGAAUCUGUCAUCGCUCCCCACAAGGACGGAACUGAGGACCACUGGUGUCUUUGGCCACUUAGGAGGACGCUUAGUCAUGCCAAAUACAGGAGUGAGUUUACUCAUACCACACGGUGCCAUCCCAGAAGAGAACUCUUGGGAGAUCUACAUGUCCAUCAACCAAGGUGAACCUAGCCUCCAGUCCGAUGGAUCCGAGGUGCUCCUGAGUCCUGAAGUCACCUGUGGUCCCCCAGACAUGAUCGUCACCACUCCCUUUGCACUGACCAUACCACACUGUGCGGACGUCAGUUCUGAGCACUGGAACAUCCAUUUAAAGAAGAGGACGCAGCAGGGCAAGUGGGAGGAAGUGAUGUCAGUGGAGGAUGAAUCCACAUCCUGCUACUGCCUUCUGGACCCCUUUGCAUGUCACGUGCUGCUCGACAGCUUCGGGACAUACGCCCUCACCGGAGAACCAAUCACAGACUGUGCCGUGAAGCAACUCAAGGUGGCGGUUUUUGGCUGCAUGUCCUGUAACUCUCUGGAUUACAACUUGAGAGUCUACUGUGUGGACAAUACCCCUUGGGCAUUUCAGGAAGUGGUUUCAGAUGAAAGGCAUCAAGGUGGACAGCUCCUGGAAGAGCCAAAGUUGCUGCAUUUCAAGGGGAACACCUUCAGUCUUCAGAUCUCCGUCCUUGAUAUCCCCCCAUUCCUCUGGAGAAUUAAACCAUUCACCGCAUGCCAGGAAGUCCCAUUCUCCCGCGUGUGGUGCAGUAACAGGCAGCCCCUGCACUGUGCCUUCUCCCUGGAGCGCUACACGCCCACCACCACCCAGCUGUCCUGCAAAAUCUGCAUCCGGCAGCUCAAAGGCCAUGAACAGAUCCUCCAAGUGCAGACAUCCAUCCUGGAGAGUGAAAGAGAAACCAUCACGUUCUUUGCACAAGAGGACAGCACUUUCCCUGCACAGACCGGCCCCAAAGCCUUCAAAAUCCCAUACUCCAUCAGACAGCGGAUUUGUGCCACCUUCGAUACCCCCAAUGCCAAAGGCAAGGACUGGCAGAUGUUAGCUCAGAAAAACAGCAUCAACAGGAAUUUAUCUUAUUUUGCUACACAAAGUAGUCCAUCUGCUGUCAUUUUGAACCUGUGGGAAGCUCGUCAUCAGCAUGAUGGUGAUCUUGACUCCCUGGCCUGUGCCCUUGAAGAGAUUGGGAGGACACACACGAAACUCUCAAACAUUACAGAAACCCAGCUCGAUGAAGCCGAUUUCAACUACAGCAGACAAAAUGGACUCUAGUCCACGACCGCUCAUGAGACAGUGACGGCCAGCUUCGGGACAUUUGCUUUAAAUGGGAAAGAGGCAGCUUUCUGCCCGGUGGCAUUUGGAGAAUUCAGCCUUCAUUUACAAUCAGUGCGAAUCCCUGGUUGAAAAAACUGAAUUUUAUAUAGGUAUAAUAUGUUCAUAGAGAAAAGUACAAGCUCUCUUAAAUAUAAGAGGGCUUUACUGUCUCAUCUGAAUCCACUCGGGUUAACACUUGUUGAACUUUCUUAGCUUUGGAGUGGGGAGGACAAAAGUGAGGGUGUAGCUAGAGGAAAGUAACUGUGGGGGAAAAGACGAGCCACGAUAAAGCCAAGAAGGCAGAGAUUGAAUUGUGCAUGUUUUGAAACGGGUUUUUAAUGAUGUGCCCCAAAGGGCCAGCUGAUUCUGCUACCAGAUUGUCAGGGUUGUCUACCAACUGGCAUCCGUGAUGUCAACAAUCAUUAUAAAACUGGCCUUGCGAAGGGACACGGGGCUGCCAGCCCAUUUGUAGGACUUCGGUAACGUCAAGGAGGGCAUUUAGAAUCCAGACUCUGAGUCCAUCACACCAGCACCGAUUCCCUAUUUAUCUCAGCCACUUAAUGGAAACAAGAGGAGAAGGUAAGACAGACCACGAACUAGUUCUUGCCACAUACACCGCCUUCAUUCUCUUCCGGAGACCAAUCUACCCACCUUCUUUCUUCCCCUUCCUUACCCGGUUUCAGAGCAUAAUUAAACUCAAUAUGGAUAGUUACUUCUAAUUCAACAAAACAGAAUCCUGUUCCCAGCUUAGCCACUCAAAUUGCAGAGCGCUGUUAGAACGCAGCUCCACGCGGAUUUGGAGGGGGCGGGCAGGGCAGUCAAAUCGAGCCCAGGGAAAGACAGGGCCUGCAGAUGCCACGGGCCUCAAAGAAGCUAUAAUUCCAGGAUAGAUGUAUUGAUCCAGUCUCUAAACAUUGUUAUAAGGGGAUGAGGGCCUCUGCUCGACUUUUCAAUCCAGGUUCUUGAAACUUUCUAGCCUCUUGGUACUGCGUGAUCACAAAAUCUCUCCAUAGGGCUAUAGGGCAACCUCCUUUUGCCCCUUGGAAAAUUAGCAGAUAGUCUUUGGCUAAAUGAUUGGAGUGAAUAGACGUGAGGGAUAGGUCUCCCACAGUGUCCCAGAAACCACAUACAUUGUUCAGGAAGCUUUCUAGCUCUGAUUCCUCAGCCUCCUCAAGCAUGUUUUCUGUAUGGGACCAUGAACAUAGGACUGUUGCUCUAAGAUUCUUUUUAUUUUUUUUUAAAAGAGCCAAUGAUAUUGUGGAAAAUGGAAGUCCACAGAGAAUUUGUGAACCCCGUCUUAACAUUUAAUCCAUAUUUUAUCCUAUUAAAUCGUUUUUGACAAGAUGCCCUGGUAGACUAAAGAGGAGCAGAUUUGUUCCUGCACAUCUUCUGGUGGAUGUUUUAAUUAGCUGUCCACAAUCAGGACAAGCAAGGUCAAGGACCUAGAUUAACUACAAGGAUGAUUAGAUACUUAGAAGUUGGCUACAUUAGAAUAAAGUACAAUCAGGGAAUGGGGAAGUUGGGGAAUAUUUGGCAAUGGGGAUAUGGUCAAUUAAAAACAACAACAAUGGUUUUGUAAGUCCUGUGGUUAAAAAAAAAAAGAAAGAAAGAAAAAUGUAAAUCUCCACAAAAGUAAAAAAGACCUAGAGAUAGGUAGAAUUCAUGAUACCAUGGGUAAGGCAUUAAGAACUCUUGAAUGUGUUAGCCAUUUUCUCUAACGUGUGGUAUAGAUGACCCCUAUAUUGGAUGGAAGACUUUGCUACACGAAGUUCAAAAGCACCUUGCUUUUCUCAGGAACCAAAGGCAUAUUAUACAGAACAAACAGAUCCUCUUAGAACUGCCGAGCAUAUUUUCGAAAUACCAUCUCUAGAUCAAGCAAAGACCCUUCUGUUUACAUGCUCUACUUGUUUAUUCCUUCUGGGGAACAACAAAGAGAAGGCAUGAGAGGGUAAAUAUUCUGACACCCUUGCUAACAUUUCUGGAAAAGCAAGAAGUUGAAAUAGAAGGUCAGUCACCCAAAAAGAAUUUGCAUUGUUUAAUAAUAACUUGUAGAAAACAUAUUGUUGAGCACUUUUGUCAGUUUCUAUCUUGGAGGAUUUUUGUUUUAAAACCAUCCUACCCUUUAUUCCUUUUCCCUUCUAAUUGGCCUUAUCAUUGCUUUAUAUAUUCUGUGAAUCUACACAGAUCCUUUUUAGAGCUGAUAUGUUUUUUAUAUCUUAAAUGCAAAAUUUUAAUGUUUUCCCUAGAAUCUAGAUUUUAAGAGAUUAUCAUCAAUCCCUCAAUGUCUAGAAUUUCCUCCCAUAGACUUUUUUUUUUUUAACCUGGGUGUUUAUAAAUGCCUGUGCUAUCAUACCAUAUUGAAUAACAAAGGAAGCAAAUUAACAUGAAUCACCACUGACUUCAGCUUAAGGUUCAAAUAUACCCUUCAGUCCAUUUUGCUCCCUGUUUUCAUUUCUCUUAUUUCUGCUGGAAUUCUACAUGGGAUUCCUACACAAAUGUAUGAAAUUCUGUGGCCAUUGUAUGUCCGGAUCAUACUUCACACUAGAAUUCCAAAGAGAACCCAUGUUGGUGAGAUGUACAGACACAGGGGGUGUAGGAGUGUCAGGGAGGAACGGAGAUCACAGAUCAGAGAGACUUCACUGACAUCUGAACUUUCGGUUAUCUGCUGUGACCUAAACCCUUGUUCUAGUUUAAUGUCUUCCCGUCACAACACAAAUGCCCCUCUAGAAAGAGAUUUCUGCCCUAACGUAAAAGGAACCAAGAUAUUAAAAGUGGGCUUUAAUACCUGGUAGGUUACUUCCAUUUUUUUUUUUUUUUUACAAAAUAUCCCACUUAAUGCCAAACCUUUCAGGCCUCAAAGGCAUUUUAGUCUAAUGGUCAUGCUUUAAACAGGGCUUCAAAUUAUGCCACCAAAAUGGUGCACUUCACAGCUGUACCAGACUACCACUGCAUCAUAAAGCGAAUUUACGGUUUUUACAACACUGCUUGCACAGUCUUACUGGUUUACAUUAAAAUCCUUUACGCCAAAAGGAAGCUCACUCUACGGAUUUAAAUGCAAACUUCAUUUACCAGUGCAGAAAGUCUCGUAAAACUCAGAUGUACUCCCACAAAAACUUUAUUGGCCUUUUUGUAAGAGAUGAAUAGGAAUUGACACAAUUCUCUUUAGAGAGGGGACAUUUUCUCUCUUUUUAUUAUUUUUAUCUCCAGCUGCAGGUGUUCUCCGGUGCCAUGGUCCCUUUUUUUUUUUUCUUUUAGUUGACUUUGAGAGGGGUUAUUAAGUCAGAUGACUAAGACAGGGUUCUCUUUGGAUUAAAAGUCCUGUAAUUUACUGCUUCUCUUUUCCUUGAGAAAAAUUCUCAACAUCACAAUUGAUAAGCCAAGGUGGAGUAUGAAAAUGGUAUACAGAUCUUCCUCGACUUAUAAUGGGGUCAUGUCCCCAUAAACCCAGCAUAAGUUGAAAUAUCUUAAAUCGAAAAUAUACUUACUAGAGCUAACUUGCCCAGCACCAGAGCUGAGCCUAGCCUAAGGCAAGCGUGCUUAGACAUUAGCCUCCAUUAGGCACAGUCAUCCCAACACAAAGCCUCCUUUAUAAUGAAAUGUUGAAAAUCUCAUAUAAUGAACCGAAGACUGUACUGAAAGUGAAUGAUGGAAUGAUUGCCCGUGUAGUAGUGGUUUACCCUUGUGAGGUCGUGACUGAUGGGGCUUCAGCUGCCCCUGUCCAGCCAGCAUCACGAGACGGUCAAACCUGGUUUCGUUAACCCAGGGAAAGAUCCAGGUUCCGAGCUGCCAGUACAGUUUCUGCUGAAUGCCUACCACCUUCGUACCAUUAUCAAGUCAGAAAGUUGUUGGUCAAAACGCUGUAAGUCGGGGACCAUCUGUAAGUGGUUUAGAGUGUAUUCUCCACUUGCCAAACUUCUGGCAAAAUUGACCUACGGAUUUCAAAAUGUUGGAAGACCUUUCCAUGUGCUUGUUUUUCCUUUCUGCCAUUUUCACUGCAAUUCCUUAUUAGUCCUUCUGUAAAGGUGUGGAAUACUAAGUAGCAGAUGUGGGGAAGGUGACAUUCCCUCAGAGGUGUUUGUUCCAGAUCUGUGAAGGUCAUAGGCACCGGAAGGAGCUGGAAAACAUGAUUCUUAUGGCCCAUCGUGUGGCCCAUUCCCAUUACUUUUCCUCAUGAAACAUUGCGAUGUUCUGAAUCCUGGUACCUCCCAUUGACUGGACUAGGGGUCACAACCACAGCAAAUGGGAGAGCAAAAUGUUGUCCUACAGGUAGUGACAAAAUUUUAUUAGCUCUUCAGUGUUAGUGUAUGGCCAUAGUGCUAUAUUUGACAAAUCAAUGCUUUAGCCAAAAGUUGAACGGCCACCCUUUUCUGCAGCUUCCACUGUUUUGUCUGCAUAGAAUUUUCCUGAACUACAAGCAAAAAUGUAUUUCGUCAAAUGUCACAAAGUGAAAAUGUUGCUAAUCUUAGAUGUGUUACAUAUUUUGUGUUUUUUACUUUCCAUACUCUUUCAAAAGCUGCCGCUAUAAAGCUGUUUGGCUGUAUUGACAGCAUGUGGUGUUCUUUGCAAAAGCAAUUCUAGGAGAGCCAGCGUCUACCACGGACUCCUCACAUCCCCACUCCAGGGUCGUCAGCAAAAAGCA